UUGUCUGUUGUGACUUCUGUCAAACUACUUGGUUAAAUUUUGUGAAAAUGGCGUUCAGCUUUCCAGCCUUUUCUUACAUUAUAGCGUUAAUAGUCGACGCAUUCUUAAUAUUCUUCUCAAUAUUCCAUGUUAUUGCGUUUGACGAAUUAAAAACUGACUAUAAAAACCCUAUAGAUCAAUGCAACAGUCUUAACCCGCUGGUAUUACCGGAGUACUUGCUGCAUUUAUUAAUAAACGUGCUGUUUUUAUUGUCUGGAGAAUGGUUUUCACUGCUCAUAAACAUUCCAUUGAUCUUGUAUCAUCUGCACAGAUACUACACAAGGCCCGUUAUGUCGGGGCCAGGUCUCUACGACCCGACUAGCAUCAUGAAUGCUGAUGUCCUAACAGUCUGCCAGAGGGAAGGCUGGAUCAAACUUGCAUUUUAUUUGUUAUCCUUCUUCUUGUAUUUAUAUGGAAUGAUCGUUGUGCUGAUAGCGGCAUGAAGCGUCGCUCCUGGUGUUUCGUUCCAAUAAGUCAUAAUUAAUUUAUUGUUAGCCCGCGGCUAUAUCGUGUGUCCGAUGAACAAGGAAUGUUGUAUAGUUGAGACUUCGCAGUAUUUUGAUAAUUAAAGUAAAACUAAUGUAAA